AUGCGAUUGCAAGUUGAAUCCGGUAAGUAUUCUUAAUUUAAUAAAUUUUUUGUUUUAAAAAAUAUUUUUUCAAGGUAAAAAUAUUUGAUAAAUUUAAAAAUUCCUGUAUUUUUAAUUACUUUUAAUAAUUCUUUCGUAUUUCAGAACUUUUCGUACAUGGGCUUCGACUACAAAGUUUUCAAGAAAAGCAGCGAAAUUGUUUGUCAUAACGUUGAGGUACCGAAAUGGAUUUCUGAUUAAACUAAUGGUCAACAAAGUUUUCAUGCUAUAACAUAAGUUUUUGGUUGAAAUCUUGUAGAAUUGCCUUUUUAUGGUUGUUUUGUCAUUUAGUUCACUUAUUAUUCUCUUUCGAUUGAAUUAAUUUCAUUUUAUACUUUUACUUUUUAGUAAUAUGAUUUGAUCAUUAUUGUAAUAUUAUUGUUAUUAUGAAUAUGUUACUAUACCUUCUUUUUGUAAUAAUAAACUUUGAAUUCAACUACUACUUGUUUUUGACUCAAAACGAAACACUUGACUUGUGAGUCAGCUGUCCCUCGGAAAAAUAUUUUAUUUUCUAAAAAAUUUCGGUAAAAACUGGAUUUUCAGAAGUUUUUACAAGUAAAUGGGCUUGAAUAAUGUUAAAAUUAGGUAGAAUACAAAGCAGAUGGUUUUUAUGUUCAGUACGAUGUUAUUCUGCUGCUCAACCAAAAGAAAUUCCGGCUGAAAUUCAAGUAGAUGGUGUUUCUUAUCCAACAGACGACUGGUACAACUUGAAUCGGCCUAUUCACAGGCUUCUUGAGGUAAGAUUUUGCUUAGUUUUUAAUGUUUAGGUAUUUUGAAGGUUUUGGAAUUGAUUUAAGGCUUUGUUUGUUUUUUUUUCAUAAAGAAGUUAUCUGCUAUAUUGAGGUAGACAAUGAAAAGUUCGGAUAAACCUAAAAUCUGGAAUUUCUUUGCAGAGAAAGCUUCUGGCUGAUCCUCAGAAUCCUUUAUCAUUGCUAAAACAAAGUAUUGUUAAUCAUUUCCACACGAAUCAUCGACGAAACAAUCAACGAACACCAAUAUUCGCGGUUUGUGAUAACGAAAACCGUGCAGUUUCGACGUUUGACAACUUUGACAGCUUAUUAGUACCAAAAGAUCAUGUUAGUAGAAGACCUGCUGAUACGUAUUAUGUUAACAAGGAUGUGUGUUUGAGAGCCCACACUUCUGCACAUCAGUUUUCUUUGAUUCGAAAGGGUUUAGACGCAUUCUUGUGUGUUGGUGAUGUAUAUAGAAGGGAUGAAAUCGACAGAACACAUUAUCCUUGCUUUCAUCAGAUGGAGGGUAGGUUUUUACUUGUUUUUUGAUUUUUAGGGUAAUAUGAGUGAUAAGGAUGAAGGUGUAGCAUUUGCAACCUUUUUUGGGAUGUUGCAGUCGCUAAAACAGGUGAAAUGAGCUGUUAAACCGUGUCGUAAAAUUAAGGUCCUUUACUUUAUCGUUGCAGGAGUCCGCUUAUUCAAUCAAGACGAGUUAUUCGGCCGUCAUAUUCAACCAAACGCUCAGAUUUUUGAGGAAAAUGGUGAACAAACCCCAGAAAAACAGGCAAUCCACUCCCGUGACACAGCAUUAGCAUUAUCCAUCCAUCUAAAACAAUCUCUAGAAGCCUUGUGUCGAGAACUGUUUGGGCCAGAAGCUGAAAUGAGAUGGGUUGAUGCCUAUUUUCCAUUCACGCAUCCGAGCUACGAGCUGGAGGUGUUCUUUAACGACAAAUGGAUUGAGGUAUUGGGAUGUGGAGUAAUGCAACAGGAGCUGUUGAGGAAUGCAGGAGCUGCGGAUAAAGUUGGCUGGGCAUUUGGACUGGGUUUAGAAAGGCUGGCUAUGGUUUUGUAUGGAAUUCCAGAUAUUAGGCUAUUUUGGACCACAGAUUCCGGGUUUACACAUCAAUUUGCCAAGUUGAAGCCUGGAGACAGUGCGAAGUGAGUUUUUUGAUUUACCAAGUGAAAAGUUACUAAUGAUGACAUUUUUGUAUUUUACUAUAGAAAAAUUUUUAAAAAAGUCAAAGUCGUCUUGCUUAUCAUUUACUUUACCCUUCCCACCAAUACCAAUCAAAAACAAAGCCCUUUUUGAGCUGUGUAUGCAUAGCGCAGUUGGUUCGCACCUCGCCUUUUCUUGAAAAGGUCGCGGGUUCGAAUCUCACUUGGUCGGUGAUGCUUAAUUUCUGUUGUAAUGAGUCCGCAUUGUUAGUGGGGAUAAUUUCAAUUAUUGAGACUACUUUUUGAGUUUUUUAAUGUUGUUUUAGGUAAUUGUGUUUUACUUUUUUAGUUUCCAGGUAAUUUUUCGACGAAAAUUCGGUCAAAAAGUUAAGUUUUUGGAGGUUUUUAAGGAUUUUUGGUAUUUUUUAGUUUUUUGUGGGGUUUCACGAGCUGUAGCGUGUUUUAAAAGGUUUAUAAGUAAUGAGAGAUUGUCAUAUUUAAAAAAUUUUUUUAAUUUUUAAAAAUUUGUAAAAAUUUAAUUUUUAACUUCAAAUUUUCAGGUACAAGCCCUUCAGCUCAUUUCCCCAAGCUCACCGUGACAUUUCCUUCUUCAUGGCGCCAGGCGUCGAGUUCCAUGACAUGAGGUCGGACGCGUUUGACCUUAUUCGUGAUGUUGGUGGUGAUCUGGUGGAACAAGUUGAUCUGAUCGAUGAAUUUGAAAACAAGAAAAAGGGGAAAAAGUCGCAGACGUACAGGAUCGUUUACCGGUCGAAUGAUCGUAUCAUGACGAGGGAAGAGGUCAACGAACUUCAUAAGCAGGUCGAAGAUCGACUGGUCGAUAAUCACAAGGCUCAGAUUCGAUAG